GUAUUCUAGUCACAUCUGAAUCCAAACCCUGCAUAAAAAAGGCAGCGAUUGGAUGUGGGAGUACGAAGAAGGACUGAGGCACUACAGUGAAGAGGCUCUUAAAAGGGAGUUUCCGGAGAAAACCAGGCCUGCCAACUUCAAGCAUCCUCAGUUCCAGUGCACCGACAUGACUCCCUCCCCCUCUGUCCCUACCUCAGUGGAAAUGGUGAAAGCUGCAGACAUCAAAGUGAUAGCGGCACUCGGAGACUCGUUGACUACAGCCAUUGGUGCAAAUGCAACUAAUGUCCUGGGAAUACCUAUAGAAUUCCGUCAUGUGUCAUGGAGCAUUGGAGGCCAUGGAACCUUUGAAGAUGUCAUCACGCUUGCAAACAUUAUCAAGCUCUUCAACCCUGACCUGAUUGGUCCAGCUCCCACCAAGACGGUCCACGGUACCCCUGCGCCCCUCAGUGAGACCGGCUUCAACCUGGCCGUCACUGGACACAACACAUUUAAUCUCCCUGGACAGGUCAGACAUCUCAUUGACACCCUGAAAACGUACCAGGGUAUAGAUUUUGAUGAAGACUGGAAGCUUCUGACCAUCCUCAUAGGCAUGAAUGACAUCUGUGAUUACUGCAAAGAUAAGUCCCUCUUUUCAGUGGAAAACUUCAUCUACUACAUGACUGUGUCCUUGGAGAUGUUGAUGAAUGAGGUUCCACGGAUGAUCGUGAACGUGGUGCAGAUUCUGCCUAUGGAGACCCUGAGGGAGGUGCAGAAGCCCACCCCAGGCUGCCUGCUCCAGAGGUCUUUCUGUUCCUGUUUAGUGAAGCCAGCGACCGGCUCAGCUGAUCUGAAGGAACUGGUGUCGGUCAAUCUGGAGUUUCAGAAACGGCUAGAGCAGCUGCUCUACACAGAUCGAUUCUUCAAAAAGGACUUUGCUGUGGUCCUUCAACCCUUCCUCAAAUAUGCGGAUCCUCCACGGCUUCCGAAUGGGAAGAUUGACAUGAGCUUCUUCACACCAGACUGUUUCCACUUCACCAUGAAAGGACACGAAGAGCUGGCCAAGGGCCUGUGGAACAACAUGUUCCAAGCUGAGGGAGAGAAGUUAAUGGUAGAGAGUUUCUCUAAACCCAUUCCACUAAGAUGUCCUCCACCGGAUCACCCUUACAUCUUCACCAAGCCCAGCGCUGUGGAGAAUGGGCAGACCACUACUCCAUCAGAAGACGUCGCAACUUCCAGUGGGCAGAGGGCCUCCGUGCUCAGCUAUCUCUUGCCCCUCACCUACCUCCUCCUUCGGACUACCGUGGCUCUGACCUGCCUGUAACGCUCUGGACACUAAACCAGAGCUGGACACUUUCUUAGUGAUUGUUGUCUGACUGUUUUGAAGUGCUUUCCGAAACGAGGCUUUGACCAUUUGAUGUAAAUAUUUCUUUCAAGGUCUUUUUUCACUCUGUACAACCGUAAUCUCUGUAGUGACCACUAGAGGUCGAUUUUGCAUUUGUGCCGUCAUUGCCAUUGCUCUUAACAUCUGUGAUGGCCAAUACUGGCAUGUGGUGAGAAGUCAGUUGUCGAUAAUUUAGGAAAGCCGUCUAGUCUACCACUCCUAUGAAAUGUGAUGUGCUUUUGCUUUUGCCAGUGUGGAAGCUGUUCCUUUUUCAUAACAUAAUCUAUGCACUAAAUCUGAACAGAAGGUAAUUACACUCCAGUUAUGUCAAAAAAGAGGGGACAUUUGAACCAUCUCUAAAACAUCAUAUCUUGAUCAGGAAGCGGCUGGGCUAAUUGGAGGUUAGACAGGGACCAGGUGCAAGUCAGAUUUAGCCCCAAUGUAAUGCAGUUCUAAUUUGUUUACCAAUGAAAAGUAAUUAGGCGAGCUUUUUCUGGUCCAGGGGCAGCAUGGCUUUCAAACUCAUUAAGCGCUGGAGGCAGAGGUGAAAGGGAAAUCUGUGGAAAGAACAAUAGCGCGGCUUCUAAAAGCAGGCCCUGCAUAAAGGUAAACCAGACUGGGGCACGCCGCACCCCCGGCUAAUGAGAUAACCGGAUCUGGAGGCUGCAACCUGAGACGUGUUUUCAGGCUUUCCCCCAACAGAACGUCAGUCCCUCGACUCCAGUCACAUCUCACGUCAAAAUACACAAUGAGGACCUGCUUAAGCCACUUACACAAGCCUGCCGCGGAAAUGAAAGAAUAAAAGAUGCAUUUGCCAUGCCUAUGCCUCCUAUGAAAAACAUCUAUUUGAUAUCUUUUGAAAGGUGUGGCCCCAUAUGAACAUUUCUAACCUGUGCUAUGUUGGCGACUGGAGAUUCCAUUCCAGAGCUAACACUGCUCUCUGUCUUACCCUAAUGGCCUGGGAUGUUUGUUUAAGCCUGACAGUAGGUUUCAAAUAUUUGAGUAGCUUACACCUGCUUGAAAAUAGGUUUAGAAUAUACCUCCAGUAUAUUCUAGACCAUACAAUUCUCUGUAUACACUUUAAAUUAAACAGAGUGAAAUACAGAAUCGUAAAAGUCACUAAAUGAUGAUGAUAAUGCUAAUAAUGAUUAUCAUUAUUAUUAUCAUUAUUAUUUACAAAUGACAAUGAAAACCUUAAAACAUAUUAUGAAAUUGUCCACUGUGCUAAAAGCCCGACAGCUCUAGGCCCUUUACAUGUAUUGAGAUUAUGUAUGAAAGAUCUUUACCUCUAUGGUUGGUAGUAUGAUAUCCAAGGUUGUUUGAUCCAUUGUGACAAUCUUUCUAAACAUUUGAGGUCCAUGAUAAGCAUAGGUGUGUGUGUCCAGUAUAUUUUUGAAUUACUACAAAUCUAUGUGAAAAAAAUACCAAAAUAGUCAUUAAUAGGCAAUAACCCAGAGACAAUUAGAAGUACUUAAACAGUUUUAGGUUAAUUGAGUGAGAUCAGGUAAUUAUUUAUGGCUUCUAAUGUUCAUGGAGGCUACAUGUUGGCUUGCUUAAAAAAACAAAAAAACAAACACUGGAAUCACUGAGAUCCUUUUUGUUGAUACAGAACAACUGGAAGAGACUUCAGUGUAGGACUGCAGAAGUUGAUACAGAACAACUGAAAGAGACUUCAGUGUAGGACUGCAGAAGUUGAUACACAUAAAUAGUUGACUCACUAAUGCUGUGCUUAUAGGAAGGCUUUUCUCAUGUGCUAAAUUGAAAAAGCAUUUAGAUAAAGGUACACAGUGUAAAGCAAGGACAGCAGGUAAAAUAUUGGUUUCAAGCAGGUGCGCUCAGAUUUUUGCCUGUUUGAAUGUGCAGGUGAUUUCUAUAUUAAGCAGGGACGUACAGUAUGCUCUCUGUUCUGUCUUUUGAAAGCCUGGCUUAAGCAAACAGCACUGUAGCCACAUUUGAUACCAGGCAAACAGCACUCUUGGGUGAUGGCAAAUUCCCUUUAUUAUGUCAGCGAUUACCAUCUUUGCUGAUAGAGAAAUAGGAAAUUUGAUACUGGAAAAAACCAUCACACAAACUACUGUCUAGCUUGCUUCUGAUUAAAGCUUUUUAAUUAAA